GCCACCGGCGGAGGAGGAGUCUGCAGGGAAGCCGGCACCAGCGGAGGCGAGACGCCAGGGGGAGGCGAAGCGCCAGGCGGAGGCGGAGGUGAAACGCAACAAGGAGAGGGAGGCGGAAGAGGCGGAGGCGGGGCGCAAGGAUGAGGAGGCGAAGCGCCAGGCUGAGGCGGAACGGCAGGUGGAGAAUGCAGCACAGGAGGCGAGGGGGGCGGCAGAGGCAGCGCAGAAAGCGGAGGCUGAUCGCAAGGCGAUCGAACUCGAAGUGGCAGCGACGUCAGCGAAAGAGCACGGGGGGGAGAAGACGGCAGGGGAACGGAAUGGAGCGCAGCAUGAGACAAAACACGCCGAUCAACCGGAUAUUCUUCUCCCGCCGGCUCCUAAGCUUGUUAAGGCGUAUGACAGCUCAUCUGUCAGCGAAUCUCUGACAAGUAUUUUUUACUGGGAAACUAUCUAUCGAGCAUGUAGAAUCCGGGGGCCCAUUGACGAAUAUCGGACCCUUCUAAUAUUAGCUAUCGGGACCCAGCGUUGGACAAGAGUGCAGCAGAGGGCAAAGUGCGUGUUGGGUCGCAAAACCGGCGAAGCCGCCUUAUGGAAAUACUAGUGAGAGGUGGCAACUUUCAAAGAAAUUCUUGCGACAGAUUUUUUGAUACAGGUUUUUUGAAUUGGUCUAGAAUCGACGUUGGCGUCCGUGGACGAUGCUUUCCUUCGGUUCGUUUUCUGAGUAGAGCUUCGCGGCAUGAUCCCCAAGACAUUUUACAAGCCGCCGGCCCUGACGUUGGGACUUUGUAGCAAGCAGCGCCAGCGCGGGGACAAAAAUAAAAGCGAGAGCGGGAAAGGUAGCAAGUAGCCGGCUUGGCGGGGCUCUGGCAGAAAUACCGCCCUGGCGGAGCUCUUCCAGAGGGGCGCUGCUGGCUGGGCUCUUUCACAAUGCCUGUCUUGGGCGGGCUGUUUCAGAUUGUCUGCCCCUGUCGGGCUGUUUCAGGUUGACUGCCUUGGCGGGGCUGUUUCGGGGUGGCUUUCCUGGCGUGGGUGUUUCAGGGUGGUGGCUCUGGCGGGGCUGUUUCAGAUGGGCUGGCCUGGCGAGGCUGUUUCUGGGGUCUUGCUCUGGCGGGGCUGUUUCGGCUGAGCUGUUCUGGCGAGGCUGUUGCAGAAUUCUGCCUCUGGCGGGGCUGUUUCCGGAUGGCUGCUCGGGCGGGGGUGUUUCAGGUGAGCUGCUCUGGCGGGGCUUUUCUUUCAGGAGCCCGCGCUUGGCGGGGCUGUUUCAGAUAUGCUCUUCGCUUUCUGUCGGGGCUGCUUCGGCUGAGCUCCUCCGGCGGGGAGUCCUUCUUCUGGUGGGGCUGUUUGGGGAUGGCUCUUCUGGCGGGGCUGUUUCAGGUGGGCUAUUUUGGCGGGGUUGUUUCAGGUGAGCCUUUCUGGCGAAGCUGUUUCAGGGGCCUCGUGCUGGCGGGGGUGUUUCAGCAUGGCUGCUCAUCUCUGGCGGGGCUGUUUCAGAUGAGCUGUCUGGGCGGGGCUGUUUCAGAUGAGCUGCCCUUGCGGCGCUGUUUCAGAGAGACAGGCGAGCGUCUUAGGCGGGGUUGUUGCAGAGGCCUUGCGCUGGCGGGCUUGUUUUAGAGUAGCUGCCCUGGGCAGGCUGUGUCAGAGACCAUAUUCUGGGCAGGCUGUUUCGUAGCCUUGCUCUGCCCUGGGCAGGCUGUUUCAGAGCGGCUGCUUCAGAGGUUUUGUUCUGGCGGGGUUGUUUCAGAUGAGCUUCUCUGGCGGGGCUGUUUCGGAUGAGCUUCCCUGGCGGGGUUGUUUCAGAUGAUGAGUCCCUCUGGCGGGGUCGGUUUUUUUUUGUGAGCUGUUCGGGCGGGGCUGUUGCGCCCAAGUUGCUCUGACGGGGAUGGUUCGCAGACGCAGAUCUUGCUCUGGAGGGCUUGUUUUAGCAUAGCUGACUGUUCUGGGCAGGCUGUUUCAGAAUAUUUGUGCUGGGCAGGCUGUUUCAGAAUAAUUGCUCUGAGCAGGCUAUUCCAGGGCCUUUGCUCUGGGCAGGCUGUUCCAGGGCGGGUGUCUCAGAUGAGUUGCUCUGGCUGGGUGGUUUCAGAUGAGUUGCUCUGGCGGGGCUGCUUCAGAUGGGCUUUUCUGGCAGGGCUGUCUCAGCUGAGCUGCUGUGGCGGGGCUGUUUCAGGUGAUCUACUCUGGCGCUGCUGUUUUAACUGGGCUGCUCGGGCGGGGCUGUUUCAGCUGAGUUGCCCUGGCGGUUUUUUUUUAGAGUAGCUGCCCGGGGCAGGCUGUUUCAGAAUACUUGUUCUGCUUUGGCAGGCUGUUUCGCAGUCUUCUCUCGGGGCAGGCUGUUUCACAGCCUUUCUCCUGGGCAGGCUGUUUUAGGGCUGCUGCCUCGGGAGUGUUGUUCUGGCGGGCUUGUUUCAGGGCUCUUUGGAUUGUUCUCGAGAGGCUGUUUCAAAGCUCUUUGUCUGGGCAGGAUUCAGAGAGCGGAGGUCUCGAGCAUUAUUAUACAUAGAAGGCAUGUUCGUUGUGGAAGUUACAGACUCUUCAUGGGACUCAAGAAAAUGGUGAUUAAGUAGCAUUAUUUCUGAUUUCGCUAACAGUCGUGACCUUCGAGGAAGUGGUGCAGCGGAAUCUGACAUGGCGCAUGAGCUUGCGCGAGCCGACAGAGAUCUGGAUCUACAUGUGGGGCAUAUGUCGGCGCCGGCAGGUUUGGAUCGCGUGGCAGAGCUGACACAGGGAGGGGCGCCCAGGAGCUUCGCGGGGAAGGGGCCGACGGGUCUAGCAGCAGCCGGCAUCUCUGCAGGGGCGGCUCAAGAGGCGGCGGCGGCGAAGCUGUCGGAGGAGAAUGAGGAGAAAGCGCUGGCUUCCAAACUUGGGCAAAAGGUGCAAAUAAAGACGGCAGGCGAGCAGCCGACGGGGCUGCAGCCUGCUGGCGAUGCAAGAGGACAGCCUGGGGUCACUGAGAUGGUGAAAAAUGGACCGGCUGCGGCGGGGGUAGCAGAGGAGGGGCGGCCUUCUGUGGAGGAGCCACUGCGCACGGAGACGGAGAGCCCUGCGCAAGACGCGACCGAGGGCGGGAGACCCCCGGCUGCUGCGGGUAGUGCCGGAGAGGCUCUGAGCAAGGGACAAGGGGGGCCGGCGUCUGUGGCUGCAGCUGCGCCCGCAGAGGGCGGGAACGGUGCGCCAGGUGCUGCAAAGCCAGCGGCGAAGAGUGCGCAGGAGACCGAGGGGAGCGCCCGUCCGGUGGAGGACGAGCCGCCGAAGGGAGCGGCACCGGCAGGGGGGGAGGACAACAAGCCGCAGGGGGCGGACGAGGCGACAUUCUGGCCGCAGGAUUUUGUAGGGGAGGCGGCGCCGCGCGAUGGUGAGUCUGCAGGGUUGUCGGCACCGGCGGGGGAGAGUGGUG